GAUGGUGGGGGUCCGGAGAGGGCGGCAGAGACUGUCUCUCCCCACAUCUAUUAAGCGCCUGUUUGCGAGGCGAAUGUUUCAGUUGAUAGGACAAGUUGCAAUGAUGAGUGACCCUUUGGAAAAUGGUUUGUUCGAUAUCCCUGAUAAUGAAGAGUUAGAAGAUGAAAUCUUUCCUCCCCUUCCUCCUCCAACAUCACCUGGCCAGCUGGGAUAUGGUGAAGGUUUCGCUGAAGGUGAAGACGAAGCUCGACAAGAGGGAACUCAAUCUAAGGAGUCUGUAGUACUCAGGAAAAGUGUAAGGGGGCCACAGCCGAAACUGGAUGCUCAGCGAUUGACUUCAGAUCGAGGAUUGCCAGCUUUACGAAACUUGUUUGAUGGUGUCCGAUUCAAAGGUAAAGGACAUGAGAAUGAAGAUGUGAAGACUCUCCUGUGGCACAUGGAACAUUGGGCUCACAGGCUGUACCCCAAAUUACAGUUUGAAGAGUUUGUUGCAAAAGUAGAAGUCUUGGGUGGUAAAAAGGAAGUUCAGACCUGUUUGAAAAAAAUUCGUCUCGAUAUUCCCAUCACCACUGAAGACUUUACUUCCAAUGAAGAUGUGGAGAAUGAAGAUGUGCUCCAAGUUGAUAAUUCUGAAACUUCAUUCAAUGCAAUGCCUAGCCAACCAGUUUCAACAUCAACUCCUUGCCCCAGCACACUGUCAGAGGAACAACGGCUUCGGAUUGAAAGGAAUAAACGGCUUGCACUUGAGAAACGACAAGCAAGACUCCAGUUGGCCAAUCAAACCCCCUCCAAAGAUCAAGGAGAUUCCCAGUGCUCGAGUCAGCCCAUGAUGGCAAAUGGAAAUAAGAUGGUGUUUGAUCUUGAUACAUUUGAAGAUGAAAAUGUAAAAACUAAAACUGUACCUUCUGAGCAACUUAAUGAAUCACAACUCCCAACAGAAGUCAGUCUUGUGGAAAUUCCAAAAGCCUCUGAAGAGAUAAACAAAGCAAUUGACUCUAUUGAACCAGCAGACAAUUCUGAAACUACAGAGGGCACUUGUCCCAUACUCAUUUCUGAAACAGCACCAGAAGCGAAGAAAGUGAACACGGAGACAGAGAUUUCCUGAUCAGGAGCUGGAAACCUCCACAAUGUGUGAUUAAAUGUGAAAAGACUAUAAGAUUUGACAUUGAUAUCAACAGAUGUUUGUUUUGCAAGAGAAUGGUUAUAUGCCACUGAUAUAAGUGUAAGUGAAGAAGUUAAUGCAGGGUUUGUUUUGAUUGUGUAGUAUUACACGUGAGAGAUUCUGAACCUCAAUUCAUAAUACCACUAAGUCAUUAUAGUGGAAAGGGAGUUUGGAAAUCUAAUCCUGGCAGUGUUCUCACCAGAGUUACCAGUCACUGAAGCUAAUGUCCCAUUAUAAACCACAAACCAAGGGAAGAGGAGUAGUGAUCUUACAGGAAGUCUUUCUAUUAGAAGAUCUACUUAGAUAAGUU